AGAACUUUUCGCUCAUUAGCUGCUGAGGUGUCGUUCUUUCUUCAUCGUCUUCCAGCUCUCCUGGAAGCGAGGUAAGCUCCGAAUAAAAAUGGGCGAAUGGGAGCUCCUGGGCCGCCUGCUGGACAAGGUGCAGACUCACUCUACAGUCAUCGGAAAGGUCUGGCUGACGGUUCUGUUCGUCUUCCGCAUUCUGGUUCUGAGCAUUGGCGCCGAAAAGGUGUGGGGCGAUGAGCAGUCGGACUUCGUUUGUAACACCAAGCAGCCCGGCUGUGAGAACGUCUGCUACGACCUCGCUUUCCCCAUCUCUCACGUGCGCUUUUGGGCUAUCCAGAUUAUCGCCGUGGCCACGCCCACGCUGGUCUACCUCGGCUACGUCCUCCACAUCCUCCACGCUGAGAAGAAGAUGAAGGAGAAAAUGAAGAAGCAGGCCGGGCUGGACGACCAGGCCAUGUUGUUCCUGAGGCGGAGCUACAAAAUCCCCAAGUACACGAAGAGUAGCGGGAAAGUGAACAUCCGCGGCCGCCUUCUUCGUAGUUACGUCCUCCACCUGGUGGCCAAGAUAGCCCUGGAGGUUUUGUUCAUCGCGGGCCAGUACUUCCUGUACGGCUUGACCCUGGAUCCCCUCUACGUGUGCUCCCGCUGGCCGUGCCCCCACCAGGUGGACUGCUUCCUGUCACGGCCCACCGAGAAGUCGCUCAUCAUCUGGUUCAUGCUGGCGGCGGCGCUGGUGUCGCUGGCGCUCAGCGUGGUGGAGCUGCUCUACCUGUGCAUCAAGGCCUUCAAGGAGUGCGUGACCAGGAGGCGGGACUACACCGUCACGCCUGUCUCGCACAGGAAGGCGUACACGCUCAGGGAUGACGUAGUCCAGAAUCGUGCCAACCUGGAGCUGGAGGGGCGCAAGUUUGGGUUGAUGGGCGGAGUUAAUGACAUAUCUGGAAAAGUGUCACCUGGCAACAUGGUUUCGGGGGAGGUCCAUAUCUGAGUGUGUGUGUGUGUGUGUGUGUGUGUGUGUGUGUGUGUGUGUGUGUGUGUGUGUGUGUGUGUGUGUGUUCUUGUAUUCCUUCCCUUCUUGAGACAUCAACAAGGAAAAGUACCUUCCAUAUGAGGACCGGUGAACAAGUUAGAACAUAAGUCAUGGUCUCAAUACGGAAAGGCAUUGCAUCUAAUAGAGAAUGUCUCGUUUGCACCCCUGGUGGUGAAAUCUACCAAAAUUAGGGUGGUCCCAAAAAGGAGGGAUUUUUCAAAUUGACUCUGUGUCGGUUUUAAAAGUGCUCCCCCUCUGGCCAACAUAUGUAAUAACAAGUGUGUGUAAGAAAUUGAAAUGCGCCCUCUUUGGCCAAAAUUAAUUAAAAAUAAAUAUAUAUGUAUAUAGGGACAUACUGUAAUAACAUGAUGUAAAAAAUCAAUUACAAACAACAGAAACAAAACUAAAACCGUACCUUUUUUAUAUUUACAUAGUAUGUAUGUAUUAUUAAUGUUGUAAAUACAAAUCUUUAUACAUCUAGAAACGGUGGUCCUAAAGAGGUAGGCAUUUUUCGGAGGUCUCAAGAAGGUACCAAAUACAAGAAUGUGUGGGUGUGCGCUUGUGAAGGUGAGAGCUAAUUUUUUUUGUAGCUGAAUUUAAGCAUCUUUUAUCAAAAAAGUUUCAUAUUCAAUCUUCUUGUUUGACCUUUUACCUACUACAGUAUUAUAUAUUAUCACUGUCCUAUGAAAAAGGCCCGAGUCUUUAAUUUUGGGGAAAGUAAGAUACUAUUUUGACUUUGUUCGGGGGCUAAAAUACAAUUUUAAAAAAACACCUCAAUAUAACUGGAGUGCUGCUUUUAAAGAUGUUACAGAAAGUUUGAAUAAGGCAAAAAAAGAAAAUGGAGGAAGUCCAAAAAGUAAGUAAAAGUAUCAUAACAAAUGUUUUAUCAUGAAAGAUGAUUUAGUUCAGUCCAGUUCAAUGGACAAAUAUAUCACUAUUGUGUUUUUUUGUUGGUUUCUUUGCUUUUUAUGCUCUGCCUCCCUUGACCGCAUGUCGGUCACUUUUUGAUUGACACUGUCAGACAGCAGUCAUGUAACAGUAUGUUUAUUGUUGUGCAUCAUUUAUUGUAGCAUGUAUAUGACUGAUAUACAGUCAUAUACAGCAUCAGUUUGAGGCAGUCCUGUGCAAAAUUCACAAGUGAAUUCAGAAUGUCUUCCAAAAUCAUGUUCAAUUUCAUGAAUUUUCAACUGAGUUUGCAAACAGGAAGUAGAAUUGCAAAAUACAUUCUAAAUGAAGGAAGUGAAAAUUCCAGCAGAUCAUUUUAGUGUACAAUAUAUGUGAUUGUUUUACAUAUGUCAUGGAAAUAUUAUUAGAAUGAACAGCGUGUGUUAUACAGUAAGCUCAGGUUUUAGGUGUAAAAGUUGGAAGGUUUUUCUAUAGCUUACAUUCCAAUUAAAGCCAUUAUUUUGUCUAUCGACAAUUAAGAAUAAAAGCAUCUUCUAUA